UAAUCUGAAAACAUUUCAGUUAAUUUUCAGGGUGAAUGCUGAGUGAAUCACAAGGAAAGGUCGGGUGCUCUGGCAGUUCGUCCUUCUUCAGCAGCUCCAGCAAGCAUGAGGACAUUAAAAAUCAUAAUUUCUGGAGCUGCAGUGGUCCUUCUCAUCAUUCUGGUGGUCAUGAUAGUGCUCCUCAAAUCAGGUAACAGUCCAAAAAAUCGUCCGGAUGGUCCUCAAGCUCUUACACUUAAUGAUGUGUUUGGGAAAAAUUUCUAUACUCAGUAUUAUGCUCAUCUAUGGAUUUCAGAGAAUGAAUAUCUGCACAGAAACGAAGAAGGCAAUGUUUUCUUAUUUAAUGUGGAAUCCGGGGAGACUUCGGUCAUUUUAAAAAAUGCAACAUUUGAUGAAGUGAAUGCCACAAACUACAAACUGUCUGCAGAUAGGAAAUUUGCAUACCUCGAGAGCAAUUAUGCAAAACAAUGGAGAUACUCUUACAGGGCCUCAUACCACAUUUACGAUCUUGAAAAAGGAGAAUUUGUGACAACUAAUGAACUCCCUUCAAAAAUUCAGUAUAUAUCUUGGUCUCCAGUUGGACAUAAGUUGGUGUAUGUUUUAGAAAAUAACAUAUAUUUAAGGCAUGAACCUGGAGAAGAAUCGAUCAUGUUAACCAGCGAUGGCAAAGAGAAUGAAAUUCUAAAUGGUGUUCCAGAUUGGGCCUAUGAAGAGUUAGUGCUUGGAUCAAAGCAUGCUCUUUGGUGGUCUCCUGGAAACACUUUUAUUGCCUAUGUGCAGUUUAAUGAUAAAGAGGUGCCUAUUAUCGAAUAUUCCUUCUAUGGUGAGGAGCAGUAUCCCCAAACAAUGAAAAUACCAUAUCCAAAGGCAGGAGCAACAAAUCCAACAGUGAAACUAUACAUUGUGAAAAUUGAUGAUUCCAGCUAUCCCAAAGCUGAAGUUCCAGUCCCUUCAAUCAUAAUAUCCAGUGGGGAUUACGUCUUCAGCUGGGUGACAUGGGUCUUGGAUGAAAGAGUCAGUGUUCAGUGGUUGACCAGAAUUCAAAAUGUCUCAGUUAUAUCAAUUUGUGACUACAGCUCAUACUCAUGGAUUUGCCCAAAGGAUCGACAAUAUGUUGAAACAAGUAAAACAGGGUGGAUUGGUGUGUUCUUUGCUGCACUCCCGUACUUCUCAUCAGACAGUUUAUCCUACUACCAAAUCCUCAGUGACAAGGAUGGAUACAGACAUCUUUAUUACAUCAAGGAUUCCAUGGAAAAUGCUGUUCAAAUAACAAGCGGGCGAUGGGAAGUGUCCUAUAUACUGUACGUUACAGAUAAUGCAAUAUAUUACACAAGCAAUGAAUAUGAAGAUUUCCCAGGAAGUAGAAAUAUAUAUAGAGUUUCUCUACAGGGGUCUAUUAGAGAGAAGCAAUGUCUUAGCUGUACUCUACGAAAGACAAACUGUCAGUAUUAUUACACCAGGUUUAGUACUAAUGCCAAGUACUAUUCUCUGUAUUGUAAUGGUCCGGGGCUACCUAUAACCACUAUUCAUAAUGGCACCACUAAUAAAGAACUCAAGGUGCUAGAAGACAACAGCAAACUGGGAGAGCAACUUCGAACAGUACGAAUGCCUGAACAGAAAUUUGGGAAUUUUAAAAAGAAUGGAAUGACAUUCUGGUACAAGAUGACCCUUCCACCGUACUUUGAUAAGUCAAAGAAAUACCCUCUCCUCAUUUAUGUGUAUGGAGGACCCUGCAGUCAGGAAGUAACAGCUGCAUUUUCAUUUGGCUGGAGGACCUAUCUCUCAGGAUCCGAGGACAUUAUUGUUGCAUCAGUAGAUGGCAGAGGGACAGCUUACCAAGGGGAUAAUUUUAUGCAUGCUGUAUAUAAAAGACUGGGAACACUGGAGGUUGAGGAUCAGAUAUUUGCUGUAAGAAAAUUCAUUGAAAUGGGAUUUAUUGAUGAAACUCGAAUAGCCAUAUGGGGCUGGUCUUAUGGCGGUUAUGUAACAUCUAUGGUUCUUGGUCAAGGGACAGGCCUUUUUAAAUGUGGAAUUGCGGUAGCUCCUGUUUCCAACUGGGAAUAUUAUGCAUCUUUUUAUACAGAGAAGUACAUGGGCCUUCCAACAAGAUCUGACAACCUUGAAAAUUAUAAGAAUUCAACUGUGAUGUCCCGAAUAGAGAAUUUCAGGAAAGUAGAUUACCUGCUCAUUCAUGGCACAGCAGAUGAUAACGUACAUUUUCAACAAUCCGCUCAAAUUUCCAAAGCUCUUGUGGAUGCCCAGGUGGAAUUUGAAGCAAUGUGGUAUACAGACAAGAACCAUGCAAUAUCAGGAUCCGGAACAAAGCAUAUAUAUACUCAUAUGACUCGUUUCUUGAAGAGAUGUUUUUCUCUGUCUUGAAAUAUGUUGGAUACAUUUUAGUGUUUUUCAUGUGUGUACAGUACAUCAGACAUGAACGAGAACCAAUGCAAGAUCAAGACUGAAGCCAUGUAUUUAAUACAUUUCUCUCUAAUAAUUUAUAGUAACAAUUACAAGUAUAGAAAUGUGACAAAAGGCUCUUCUCCCUUUGUCAACCAGGUGAGAUCAUAAUCAUUUACAGUACUUAGAUUUACAUUCUCUUUGUUAGGCCUAAACCUGAAUAAUUCAUUCCAAAGAACAGAAGUUAAUAGGAGGAACUUCUUUCCUCUCAAACAGGGGUGUCCAACCUACGGCCCAAGACGGCUAUGACUGCAGCUCAACACAAACUCGUAAACUUACUUAAAAAUAUUUAGUUUUUCUGAAUUUUUGUAAAAAUACUUUUACAUUUAGUGAACACAUGCGGACCAAGAACUUUUAGAAGUUCUAUCUUUCUCGAAGAAAAAUAUCCCACUCUUCAAAAUCACGCCUUAUUCAUGUUACUGGUUUUCGGCAACACCUAUAUUUGUGAGCAACUAUUUUCAAGGAUGAAGCACACAAAGGGAAAAAUUAGAACCAAAAUAUAUGGAGAGCACCUUCAGAAUUGCUACUACAUCCAUCCAACCAGAUAGUAAUGCUUUCAUUUAUCAAAAGCAGUGUCAAAUAUCGCACUAGUUUUAUGUUGUCCUCUUUUUCUUUUAUAAUAAAAAAUAUUACAAAAGAAAUUAAGUUUAUUACACUGGUAGGUUCAUUAUCUAUAUCAGUGAUCAUUCACUUGUGAUCUGCCCGACUUUUUCUGCUCUUCAGCUAUCAUUAUUGUUAGUGCUUUUUAUGUGUGGCUCAAGACAAUUCCUCUUCUUCCAAUGUGGCCAAGGAAGGUCAAAUGUUGGACAACCCUGCUCUAGAACACCAAAAAGUUUUAAGAAGACAAUGGUUGCUUCAUCUUCCUGAUGGCUAUCCAACCCCGAGAGAACAGUAUUGGGUGGACAUAACCUUUGAAGGAAAACUUCACUGAGGGAAAUAUGUAGACCUCUUUGACUGACCUCCUUCUGAAAAUGCUAUCUGCAUGGCUGCCUCUGACUUUAUACUGUAUGAUACUUCUUGUCUUUGAAUUAGAUUUUAUCACAAUUGUACUAAUGUUGAGCCACUGGGGCAACAAACAAUAUGUGGGUUGCUUCCAUAUGCCGAGGAACUAUCGCAGAAAAUUAAAAGCACCACAAUAAAAUUGGAGUCCAAAAACUGGGAUUGUAUUCCAAGCUUAUAUUGUAUGUAUAAGCAAACAAAUUUUGGGGGUUACCAGGGCUGGGGAUUGCCGCAACCAUUUGCUGAAUGUGACUGGGUUGCCUGUAGAUUCACAGCACCUAUUCAUCAUCACUCAGAGUUCUUAUUAACAUUCUCAAAGCCCUGAUGAAGAGGGAACUGUGUGGCCUACAAAAUGUGUUUGCUCAUUCAUAUGAUAGAAGUUUGGAAUAAAAUCCUGCUUUUUGGAUUCUAAAAGUUUAGUGCAACGCUUCACUUUUUAGAUUCUAAAAUUUUAACACUGUAUGAAUCAUUGACCUGGAAAACAAGCAUGCUAUGAGUGAAGUCAGAACAUCUAUAUAUUGAAAGCAAAAGGUUAAGGAUGACAGCCAGGUAGCUAGCAGUUUGAGAAGAAGAGGUCAGCAAUGAUAGCCCACAAAGACUUCAGCCAGUGUCAGAAUCUUGGCACUAUGUAGUAAUAAAAUAUUUGUUGACUACUGAUGUUUCUUUGCUUUUUGACAAGAUGCUGGAUACAACUAAUGAAUCUGGGAAGUUUACAAAAGCAUGCCAGCUACCUUAGCAUCACAUCAGAUAUCACUUUUUGGCUACUGACUGCAAGAAACUGCUAAACAGUGAAAUUCGAGUUUGAGGUUACAGCUCAUUGUAUCUCCUAUUAAUAACUAAUAAAAGUUCAAUGCCACAAUUAUUUAGAGGUGUUCAUUGCUGUUGUAAUUGAGACUUGUUUACAUUGAGUUGCACAACAGAUGGGUCACAAUUUGUAAGAAACUGUUGAAACUGCUGCACUGAAUUUAAAUACAAUUUUUCAUAUGUGUUUUAAAGUCGACUCCAGAGAAAACUUUAUUUUUCAUUUUGUAUUUAGCGAGCAAGGGUUAAACCUUUAUUAAAAUGCAUCUAAACCAAAAAA